CGUUCUCCUCCACGCGCCCUGCUCGCAGACCCACAGAGUUCCCUGUGACCGUAGGAAGGAGCGCGCGCUGGGGAUGGUUUCUUCCCCCCGGAGACGGAGCUCAUUGAUGGGAUUGCUCUCGAACCUGCAUCCCCCGCGGGCGGUCGGACGGUGAGCCGGAGGGCGCCUGGAGGCUGGAUGGACACCAUGUCUCCGCAGCAGCAGGACAGCCUCAGCCGGGGCGGCGGACAGCAGGACAACAAACGGCGGACAAAGUCUCUGAGUUAUCGGCGCCAGUCCGCCCCUUCACUGGUCAUCACCAAGGCCCUCAUCCGGUCCAAGACUCUCUCCAGAGAGAGCUUCCUGGUUCACGUGUGCCCAGAGACCUGCUCAUUGGUCCAGUCCUUCCUCAGCAGCUCCGAUAGGUCGUUCCUUCUCCACGGACACGCCCAGUUGAAGACCGGGAUGCAGACCCAGGACAGACACCUCUUCCUGUUCAGUGACAUGCUGGUGAUCGCCAAAGCCAAGUCAGCCAACAACUUCAAGCUGAAGGCCCAGGUGUGUGUGUGUGAGAUGUGGACGGCAGACUGCAUGGACGAGGUGUGUGAGGGAAGCACCAACCCAGAGAGGAGCUUCGUUAUGGGCUGGCCCACCUGUAACUGUGUGGCUACAUUUAGCUCGGCAGAACUGAAAGACAGAUGGCUCCCCCUCCUCAAAAGUCGCAUCAGAGAAGAGAAAGAGAGGGAGGAGCCCAAAACCAUCCCUCUGAGAGUGUACGGGAAGGGAAUCAAUACUUUUGCUGUUACCAAGACGCUCCCGGUCAGCAACUCAGAUUCAACCAAUGAGGUGGUCCGACUCGCCCUGCAGCAGUUCAGCAUCAUAGGAAACGUGAAAGACUUCCAGUUGUGGGUCAUCUCCAAGAGGGACAACGCCCCCUAUCCUCUGAUUGGUCACGAGUUUCCCUUCAGCAUCCAGAUGAGUCAUGUGAGACACGCGAUGUCUCAGGGAGGCUGCGGGAGGGACGCCGACGGGCCGAGGGCCAUGCAGGUGGAGCAGAUGCAGGUGUACAAGCAGUGCCAGUUCAUUAUGAAGCCGCGGCCCGUUGAAAUGCAGCACAUAACUACAGAGUGGUCUCAGAAACCGUUAAAGAGGAGGCGUUCCCUCAUCACCUGGGCCUUCUGGCGAGGCUCCUCCCCUCACCUGAACGAGCCGCCCCUCACCAGCGCGCCGCGCGGCUGCCUGUUCGGCCGGCCGCUCGGCUCCGUCUGCAUCGAGGACGCGCUGCCGAAGCCCGUGAUGGAGAUGAUGGCGUUUCUGUACCACGAGGGCUCGGGGACUCGGGGGAUCUUCCGCCGGCCGGCGGGGGCCCGGGCCGUCAGGGAGCUGCGGGACUCUCUGGACGGCAGAGAGUUUCAGCUCCCUCUGACAAGGGACCACGUCUUCCUCAUUGCCGGAGUCUUCAAGGAUUUCUUGCGCAGCAUCCCGAGCAGCUUGUUCUGUUGUGAGCUGCACGAAGAAUGGAUGGACGUGCUGGAGGAAGAGGAGGAGGAGGAAGAACAAGUGCAGGACAUAAAGAGAAUGAUUUGCCGCCUGCCCAAAGAAAACGCCUUGUUGCUCCGCUACCUGCUGGCCAUGCUGCACGGUAUCCAGGGCAACGCCCACGAGAACCAGAUGACGACUUUCAACUUGUCAGUGUGCAUCGCUCCCAGCAUGCUUUGGCCUCCGGGAGUACCCUGCAGCCCUGAGGUGGAGGGAGAAGAAACCAAGAAGGUCUGUGAGCUGGUGAAGUUCAUGAUUGAACACUGCCAGCAGAUUGUGGGCGAGGACCCCGCCUCCCUGUUCGGUGGGCCGCCACAAAGACUCAGCACUGAGGAGACGGGCUCAGACUCGUUGCUGUACCCUCUGACCGACUCCUCCUACGACAGUCUGGAGAACGAGUUGGACGACAGCAGCGGCGGCUCCCCGGGCUUCUGCAGCCGCAGACACGUUCGACCCAAAACACUGCAAGACAGCCUGGACUCCAUCCUCACAUUCAGCGACUACGACCAGGACACGGACACGGAUACCCACCAGACCCCAACCGACAGCCCGCUGGGGAGAACCAGCGGCAGGAGACCGGACCCCUCCCACCCCAGCCAGGAUGCACCAACUGUGGACAUGUCCUCCACCCUAGAACUGCUGUCCCUGGACGGGCGGCACAGACAGCGGCGACGCUCGGCGCCGGCAAUCGCGUACGUGGCAAAGUUUCGGCCGUGCGUCGUUUCAGGGAGUACCGAUGGGUUCCCUGACGAGGACGAGGAGUUCUCCAACACACUCAGACGCGCCAGAAGGGGGCCCGCCGCUCCGGCAGUGAGCUCCCCCAGCCUUUCCUCGACCCCCACCUCCCCUGCACUAACCCACUCCUCCAUGGACUCCCUGCGCUCCCCCAGCAGUGACGUCACCUGGGGGACCAGAAGUGGGCUUUGCCCAACCAGGAAGCAUCUGCCCUCCAGUUCUUCCCCUUCCUGCCUCCCCGCUGCACCCUUAACCAUAAGUUCUGCUGGUGGACAUCUGGACCUGGGGACUCAAAAAGGCUCCCCACCCAAAGAAGCACUCAGCCGGGGGACCAUAAAAGGCUGCAGGGGCCUCCACCCAAAUUCUUGGCUGAAGAAAGGCCGGAGGCUGUCACUAACCCAACCAGACAACUUGGAGCAGGAAGCUGAGGGAGGACCCAGCGAGAAGCCGCUUACAUGUGGGAAAGGAAAAGCAGGCGAAAGGGGAGGAGUUAAACUACUGCCCAGAGCAUCCUGCAGAGGAUCAAAAGAUGCAGGACGGGAAGGCAGCCAUGUCAAGGGGAGGCCUGGCCUGAAACACCACUCAUCCAGCCCCCCCUCCCACCAUCGCUCUACAGGGAGUCUCCAACUUCCCAAGUCCCCCUGGUUCUCGACCUCAGACUGCCCGCUAACCUUUGAGCAGCUUAACGCCGGUCCCGGAGGCGACGCCACCAACCGCAGGGACGGGACUGAGCAGAAGCAGCCGUCGCCGUCUUUAUUCUACAAGCAGAGCGGGCCGUCCCUGUCCCUGUUCAAGCGGAACAAGUCUCACUCCGUGGAGGAGGGAGGCGACACCAGGCUCCACGCGCGCCGGGGGUCAGAACCCGGGCGGCAGGUCGUGGACCGAGCCCUCACGCGGGCGCGGCUUCCCAGUGACCCGCAGCUGGAGGUCUCUGCGGGCGGUCCGCGAGGAGGGGCGGCGGCGGAGUUCCGCUCCUGCCUUUCGCCCAAUGCCACCAAAGUAGUGAGGGACUACUUCUCCUCUCACCCGCGCUCGAACCCCCAGAGCGGCCAGCAGGUGGCGCUCGCCCUGGUGGAGAGUCGCAGGGAAUGGCUGAAGAGGUGCAGCGACCCCUCAGCAGAACCGGACUUUGACCAGCUUCUUUUUGCUGAAGAGUCCUUCGUCUGAUUGUUACUGUAACAGAGUGAAAAGGAUUAGAAGCAACUUGUUCUUGAGCUUGUUCUGCUCGGCCAUCCAGUACAUGUUGCCUGAUCUGGACUUGAAGUGUAGUUAGUCUGCUUUGGUAGAACAAACGGGGAGAAAAGUAGUUCCACAAAGACCAGGUGCAUCUUAAACUGUGUCGAGAACUUAUUGCCAUGAGGGAAUGCGUUUAUUUUGGCCCUGCUUUGUUACCUUAUUUAUAUAAUAAAUAAGUUUAUGAAAGUCCAAACUGAUGGAUCCUCUUGGUAUCAAAUGCAUGAUGAAACUAAAUCAGGCCAAAGUUAAAAUAUGCCAAUUUAAACUACCUGGAGUUGCCUUUUAUUGUGAAGUUGAAUCUCAUUAAAAAAUUAAUCAGUGGAAUUGCCCUGAUGGCAAACUUAAUAACAUAAUGUAGUACAGUUAAUAAACGUACCCGGUGUCACUAUUAAAUAAAGCAGAGUUUAGGUCUGUCUACACAACUUCAUUGUCACUCUUCCUGUAUCGACACUCGAUUAACAAAAGAACGCAUAAUAGUUAUGACGCAUUAUGGGAUAUAAUUAGAACAUUAUACAAUCCUUGUUACUGAUAGCUUAACCUGCAUGUGAUUAAUCACCAUUAAGGGUUUUAACAGACAUUUUAAGAACUUAAACACCUGCUUUUUGCCAACUGUACUGAAGUAUCAUUAGUGAAUCGUCUGCAGCGAGUCUGUCCUCUAAAUAUUUGCUCAUAAAUGACGUACAUUGUUCUGCGAACCAUUUUUUUCAAAGGCUUCUCGGCAUUUAAAUGAAACGCAGUAGAACAACUUGUAGAUUUGAUCCUUGUUUUGUUGCCAAUGUGGUUUCACACAUGCCUCUAUUGAUUUGCAUUUGUCACAUGCGUCGCAAUGUUUCUGUAAAUAUGUUUUUUCAAGCUUUACAUUUCAUGCAGCUCAGAACUUAAUAUAGGCUACAAGACUUGCUUUAUAAUGUUUAUGCCUCCUUUACAUGUAAUCAAACACUGUUAACAAGCCUUUUAUUUGCAAAUAAAAUGACCUGAUGA